UUUAUAUUUAGAAAAACUGCAGCUGGAUACAAUAUGACCAACCUAUUUGUUGGCUCUGAGGGAACUCUUGGCAUCAUCACCAAGGCCACAAUAAAACUUUAUGGACAACCAGAGAGUACUAUAUCAGCAGUCUGUCACUUUCCCUCAGUAAAGGCAGCAGUUGAUACAACAGUUCAGACACUACAGUGUGGAAUACCCAUGGCUAGAAUUGAGUUUCUAGACGAGGUUCAGAUGAUGGCAUGUAACAAGUUCAGUCAUCUUGACUACCAGGAGUCCCCCACUCUAUUCCUGGAGUUCCAUGGCUCAGAGUCUGGGGUGGAGGAACAGGCCAAGGAUGUGGCUGAGAUAGCAGAGUAUAAUGAAGGUUCAGGGUUUCAGUGGGCCAAAGAGCCAGAGGUGAGAAAUAAACUGUGGAAGGCCAGACAUGAUGCUUACUAUGCCUGCAUUGCACUGAGGCCAGGAUGUAAGGGUAAAAUGACAGAUGUCUGUGUCCCCAUCUCUCUGCUGCCGCAGGUCCUCACGGAAACCAAGGAGGACUUGGACAGGUCCUUUAUUCCUGGUCCCAUAGUUGGCCAUGUUGGAGAUGGUAACUUUCACACUGUGCUGGUGUUUGACCCAGAUAACCCCAAAGAGGUGGAAGAGGUCAAAGGUCUCACAGACAGGAUGGCUAUGCGUGCCCUGGAGAUGCAUGGCACCUGCACAGGUGAACAUGGGAUUGGCUUGGGCAAACGCCACUUUUUAGAGAAGGAGAUAGGGGCAGUUGGGGUUCAAGUGAUGAAGGAAUUGAAGGCAGCCCUUGAUCCCAAGGGCAUCAUGAAUCCUGGGAAGAUUUUUAUGGACUGAUGAUAUAAAAUUCUAGAUCACUUCCGGAUUUAAGGAGAAGAAAAAUAUUCAUAAUCAAGAGUCACAAGCAUUAUCUGAAGGAACUGCUACACGAUUUCAGUUUCACUAAAAGUGGAAAGUUGUUUUGCAGUUCAUCUAAACAUGAACUGAUAAAAGUUGAGUUACAAGGUGAAAAUUAGAAACAUUGCUAUAUAAAUGAAAAUGGUGCUGUAUGGAAAUCAUCUAAGGGAGCUGUGUGAUGUGGGGAUUACCUUUAAAGCAGUAAAAGUGAAAC